AUGAAUCGCUGGAAGCGACCGUGAAGGAUACAACACACUUCUAGGUGCGGAAAUUCAAUUAGUGGGUCUAACCGCAAAUUUUCGUGAUUUACUCGCAAGCUUGCAGCCCGGUUAGCCGUCGGCUGCCCAGCCGACGAUCGCAGGAGUUGCAGCUCGCCGAGAACUCUCAGGAGUUCCACACGGAGAGUUCCGCCAGUUCCUGCAGGAUUCACCGGAGGCGGCGGACGGGUGUCACUAGCACGGGCAGACGCGAGCAUAUUUCCCCUCGUUCCUGUUACUGGGAAAUAGAAUUUCUAACGAGGCUGGAACCAGCAAACAAAUUACCAGACUCUUUGGGAAACGGGCUUAUUUCCAAAAAUUAUAUAGCUUAAGAAGAAAUGGCAGCCUUGCCGCGAAGAAUCAUUAAGGAAACGCAGAGACUGAUGCAAGAGCCGGUCCCUGGUAUCAGUGCUGUACCUGAUGAUACAAAUGCUAGGUAUUUUCACGUAAUUGUUACGGGACCUGAGGAUUCGCCAUUCGAGGGUGGACUAUUUAAGCUGGAAUUGUUCCUACCAGAAGAUUACCCUAUGUCUGCACCAAAAGUUAGAUUUAUUACUAAAAUCUAUCAUCCAAAUAUAGACAGACUGGGUAGGAUUUGCCUGGAUAUUCUCAAGGAUAAAUGGAGUCCUGCACUUCAGAUCAGGACAGUAUUGCUAUCCAUACAAGCAUUGUUGAGCGCCCCGAACCCCGACGAUCCUUUGGCAAACGACGUAGCAGAACUCUGGAAAGUAAACGAAAGCGAAGCGAUACGCAAUGCCAAAGAGUGGACCCGUAGAUAUGCAAUGGACAACUGAUCUCAGCCUCGUCGAAACAUCUGCAGCUCGAUGCAAUGUCGACACCCUGCCCCGGUCACUCGUCCCACAUCAGCUACGUACCCUGCACCCUGUGCCCAUCAUUUUGCUAUUGAAACAAUAAAACUUUUGUAAGAAUUAACAGUACGGGACUGUAUUUUCUACAUUGCCAGAAUUGCAGAGACUCCACGCUCAAAUUCAACCUUUUAAAUUCUCUGUUAACGGAAUAUUUGUCCACGGUUGACAGUCUAGAAUAACUACCGGUACUGUAAAAUCUAACCAUAACUUUGGACCGGAGCUGACGAUAGUCUUCAAAUUCCUAAUGUUCAACCACGAGUCACAUUGUAAAACCGCUAACUUCCCGCCUUCGCCGCAAUUCUGUCACCGUGUUUCAGGGAGAGAGAGAAAAAAAAAGUACGAGAACUUGAAUUGCAGAGCAUUUUCUUGAAGAUAAUACAUUAUACUAACUGGUUGUGCUAUAGUUUUCAGAAUUCCUUGAUCGAGCCUCUACACCUUUUCGAGCGGUACAGUGUCCGUAACUUCUGCACUGGUUUACGGUUGCAGUAGUGCGUUUCUUUUUAGAUACUAGAGGAAUCUCGUCUGCAUCGCUGCAUCCGGUUGCAUUUAGAUCCUACUAUCGUUACGAUGUAAAUAGUUCUAGCGUAUCAUCAGGAAAAUAAGUUCCAAAAUUAAGUCGCUCUCGUUGGCGAACAAGUUCUAAUUUAUUCGAAUGUGUUAACGCAGUACACGCGAAGUGUUUUCUCUCGGCAUUGGCCACGUCUCAAUUUUACCGAUAAGCGAAUACGAUAACGAUGCAAUGCCUUCAAUAGAUACACGUGCAAAUAUAUGGAUUAUUAAUCAAUGCCUAAACCAAUUUACUGAUCUGUUAACUUAUUAAUCUGCGACAUGGAGACUUGUUACACGGCACAAGACAUGAUCGUAAAAUCAUGGAAAAUAAGGAAGCAAAUUAAUAAUUCUAUGUGCACUGGGUGAUAAUGGAUGAAUAAUUUGAGAGAUGAACAAUGAGAGCAGGUCAAUAGGUAAUCCAAAGCCUCUCGCGCAUUUGUUUUAAACAAAUAUUUUUAACCAAACUGUGUAAGACUGUGUAAAAGAGUUUCCAACAGGGUGCGUUUAUCAAUGUUUCCAAAGGUUGUACCGUUAGUGUCUUUGUUAUCUCUGGCAAUACACCCGUGCUUAGUGAAAUUAACUUAGUUACAUCGUAAAUAUAAUUCGUAAUCAUGUACGCGUCAAGCACCAGCUGUAACAAGUACAGUAGUACACUUUUAACCAGUUAACUGUGUCGACCUAUUUGAAACGUGAGUUUUCAUGCCGAGUAUACUCGUCAAACACAGCUAACUGGUUAAAUAAGCUAAAAGAAUGCUGCGCUAAAGAUGGGGCAUAGUUACGGAACACAGUUCGGUUUAAUUCGACCAAAGUAUUAAGAAAAUAGGAAGCGAUUAUAGGCGGUUAAUUAAAAGUAACUUAUCAACGGGGAGGGUACAUCGACACCGAUAACGACUGUUUGUACGUCAUGUGGAUGUAACGAUCCCGUUUUAUUACACUUUUAAAUCACGGAGAGCAUUUUCGGGUAUCGCGACAAAGAAAGGGGUACGUGUAGUUGAUAAAUUAUUUCUGUCACGCUUUUAGUUUGGAUGUUAUGUGUUUUUUACCGCGGGUCCGUUAGGUGGAUAGAAGAGCGUCGCGUUAUGUUUAGUUUCCGAAGGGCUUCAACUUUAUGCAACCAGUUGGUAUACAAGUGAAUUAACUUCCGUAGACUGCGGUAUGUAGAAGGCACGUUAUGUUGGACAACCAUUGAAGAAUUGUAUGGAUUACAGAUUUAAGAAGCGAUUGACGGAAUCGGUGUAAAGAAUUAGUAGGACGUUCGAUGUGGCGAGAGGUAUGAUUCGCGAAUCUACCGUGCUUAUGGGAAAAUGAUUUGUAACGUAAGGCUGUUGCGAGGAUGCACCUCCUUUUUUGCAUUAUUGACAUUAGUGCCGAAUGUAAUGUCUAAGGAUUUACAACUUAUAAUACGGAAAACCGGAAACCGAACGCGUCACGUACACAGACAUGAUUCUGACGCUACUAUAUUAAUAAUAAUUGUAACUACGGUGUAAUAAUAAACUAGAUUGUUUAAGGAAGCCUCGUCUUGUUGCAAUGCUUUUUAAUAUUUGAACAGAAGGUUGCUCUUCGUAUUAAGAUUAAUUAAAAAUAGUUCUCAGGAAUAAAAAAAAAUAAAUAAACGUUGGGGCAUACAUCGGA